UCGCGCUUUAGUUUCGGUCCAAUCUGCGCGGUGCACACUUCAGUACUAUAACCGCUUUGUUACUACCUACAUAUAAUAAUGGAGCUAAGAUUAUUACAAAUUUUUAUUUUUCUAUUUGUGUUACAUUGCGCAAAUGCUAAAAAAUAUAGUGGCGGUGGGGGAUCAAGAACUUUUGGUGGAUCUCGAUCAAGGCCAUCAACAUCAUGGGGGCAUACUACAAGCCAUAAUACGCCGUCACGCACUUCCAUUGACAGACCUUCGUCGACUUCCUUCAAUUCAGGAUCAAGGACAUCGUCAUCGAAUUUUUUGCAUGCCGAAUCUGGCAGACCUUCUCUACCAGCAAACUACAAUCCGUCGUACAAUCCGGCACCUCGACCCUCUUACACACCAAGUGCGCCUUCGUAUCACCCAACAAAUACGCACUCUUCUAAUUUCGGCCGGCCUAGCGGCGUGGUAAAUGAACGACACCAACAAAGCAGCGCGUCCGCAACUCACAAUAACCCUUACGAGCGGCAACCUGCGUACAAUCCUCACGUGAACAACGGUUUCGGAAGCCACGGUACUUCGACGGGCACGCAUUCGGCGCCUCCUUAUCCGAUAAACCAACCCAAUCAUCCUCAUCCAAGCAAUCUUGGCAGUUCGUCUUUCCCUUCGACCGGUGGCUAUCAUCCGGUGAACAAUGGUGGAGUGUACCAUCCGCCAAGCAGCGGUAGCUACCACCCGCCAAGCAGCGGUGGCUACCAUCCACCGAUAGGCGCUGGCUAUCAUCCGGUGAGUAGCGGAGGGGUUUACCACGCACCAACGAACGCCGCAGCCUAUCAUCCGCCAAGUGGUGGGUACCACCCGCCGACGUCCGGGGUGUACCAUCCGCCAACCUACAGCCAGCCUCCUUCGCACACGGUCUACGUGCUCCCGGACAGCCGUAGCUCGAGUAGAGGUGGUCGUCCGGGCAUCGGUACCUACAUCGCCAGUGGUGUGGCAGGUGGAGUGGCAGCCGGCGCCACCAACGCCAUCGUCGACCAUGCCAUCAGCAGCAUUUUCCGGCCCAACAGCCACGGUGUGCACACCUACCCGAGUGCUCCGGCCCCCGGCACUCCCACCACCAGCAUCACCAACAACUACUACUACAACAAUGGAGCACCGGAUGCUGCACCCUCCAAUAACGGUGCGCCCCUUGGAAACCAGCCCGAGCAGACUAACUCCUUCAAUGGACAACCAUCAGCCGCUUCAUCGCCAAACUCCCCCUCGACGACCAAUUACCAAGGACCAACUGGUAAUUACAAUGGUGGUCAAAGUGGUCGUCACAAUGGUGUGGUCAGUAGAACGCCAGAGCAACCGGUCGAUCGAAGACCAGAGCAACCGCAAGAGGCACGCCCAGAUGGGGAUAAUUACAUUUCAGAUGAUGACUUGAUGAAACUCAGCGAAGAGUUGUUUGAUAAUCUGAACACAAACAUAAACCAAUAUGUUGAAUUAAAUCUACAAAAGCGUGUGGCAAUCAUCGACGGACCGCUUCCCGACGAAGCAGGUGAACCAUUAUUCAUCGUUAAGCCCGGCUUGGAAUCUCUACCAACAGUGUCAAAGCUCAAAGCUCUUUAUAAUAAUUACCAGAGAAACGGCACCCAAAAAGAAAUUGCAUCUUUUGACAAACAAAACAAAGAAAAUGCCUUUUUGGACGAAGUUAUGAAAACCCCUACUAUGAAGAAAGCUCUUAAUUGGCUAUCAGAAAAGCAUUACGUCAAAUCAAAUGAUUAUGAUCAGAAAGAACUUCUAAGAACUAUAUGGUUCACUAUUUUUGGAGAUACAUCCUCGUCAUUCGAACACGUUUUCUUAUCCGAAAAUUAUGGACCAUCCGGCAUCGUGGGUAUGCAGAAUUGGAUUUACGUUGCUGAUCAGGAAUCUAAACACAACGUAGAUUAUAUGGGUUACAUUGACAUGUUAAGUUUAAGUGGAAAGGGUGCUCUAUUAAAAGUCAAUUUAAAAUCAGAAGACACACCGCUGCAAGGUUUGUCGAUGUUCGUUGGAACACCGCCAGAACUCGAAAUGGCUCUUUAUACUGUGUGCAUGCACGCGAGAUUCAAUGGCUAUUGUCCUGUAUCCCUAGGCGGCGCGAAAUUAUUUAUUUCCACUCAAGCUUUUAAGCAAAAUAACAAUUACUUGAUUGAUGUGGCACUUCCGUUGCUGUAAUUUACUUACAUUCUAGCCAUGAAUGUUUCCGAAUGUGAUAUUAAUGCAAUGUUUUUCUCUAUAUUUCUAAUAUAAUUGUAAAAAUAAUUAAUAAUAGAAUAACCAACUACAAGUAUACAUACACAUUUUUCGAUAAGUAUACACUGCGUGUGUAUCAACUUGAGCGAAAUUUAUAUAAAACUUUUUUUAAUCAUCAACGUGUCCAGACAUCUAUUUAUAUAUUUAUUAAUCCUUUCCCAUACUUAUAUCAAAU